CUUCCAUGUCCUUAAAUCUUUCCGCGUCCCGUCCUCUUCCUUCAACGCGAUCAAAAAGUAAAUUCCGACAAAACAUCUUCAACCACGGAAUCGUCGUCGACAUCAACAAGCAGACGCCAAACGCCCACUAAUAAUAUCAUAAUAUCGCGUCGCAGCAGCAAUGGCUCCAAGAAGAGGAGGAGGAUACAGUAGUGGGGGUGGUUCAACUUGCGCUCACUGUCUUGAUACCUUCACUAUGACUGGAUAUGGCUGGCAGAACCCGACCACUACGGCGUUGUUUGCCAUGUAUAUCAUACUUUUGAUCAUCCUCAUCGUGUGCAUGUUUCUCACGAGGCGCUUUAAAUGGAUCCGCGAGAGGGGAACCGACAAGCUGCGAAACAGAGGAUACUUCAUCGCUACGUUGUUCAUGUUUUUCGACAUCCUCUUGGCGGUUAUCUUCAUGGCCAUGGGUGAAUCUUUCGUCGAGGUAACUUACCUGAUCUACAUUGGCUACCUCAUCCAGGGAUUUUUCUCCCGAGUUGCCAAUGUCUUGAUCGUGGCAAUCAUCGCUCGCACCAUCACUGAAGACGUUGGCACGGUAUCUCAAAAGAUUGCCAGCUACGCCGUCGGAUUACUGUGGACAAUUACCACAAUCAGCUUUGGCUUCUUGAUCGCCGUCUACGCCGAGGUCAUGUCUAUGGGAUAUGUCGAAAGGAUCGCGUCUGAUGGCCAGCUGUAUACGUUAAUUCUCGAGGCGUCAUAUAUGUUCGCGCUCGCCCUCUUCCUCACCGCGCUCGCCAUUUUCGCCGUAUUGAAGAGGAGUUCCAAGGGAACACUCCUGAUGCUCACCAUCGUCAUGCCCGCCCUCUGCCUCAUGACCCUCCUCGAACUCGUCAAACAAGCCGUCUACAACUUCUCCAGCGACCCCUACGUGAGACGAAGCUACACCCUCUCCUAUGCCAGUUCCUUCAUCGCCGUCUUCGCACUCAUGGCCAUCUUCCUCACCGUCGCACUCAUCGGCGGCCUGCGCCAACGCCACUCCGACGCCAGCGGCCUCACCCAGGAGCAGAAACUCGCCCAACCCGGCCCCCACUACGUCGCAGUCGGUCCCUACACUGCUCCCGCUCCCUACAACCCCCACGGAACCCAACUGGCCGACGGCCAAUAUGAGCCGCAGACCCAGUACGGCGCUCCCGUUCAACAGGGACAGCAACAACCAUUCCAGUACGUGCCGCCGAAUUACGGGCAGCAGCAGCAGCAGUACGCGCAAUACCCUGUUCCGGGCCAGUUUGGGCAGCAGCAGCAUGCCGAGAUGUCGAACACACCUGCGAUGGGAUCUGCUAGCGUAACAACGGCUGCGUCGCCGGUGCAGUACGCGGCGCCGGUUGCGGUGUCGCCGGCACCGUAUGGGUCGUCGGUGUCGCCGCCGCCGCAGCAUGAUCCGUAUCAACACAAGACGUAUCAGUGAGGGGUGAAAGGGGAGAAUAGUAUGAGAGAGGAGAGAGAGAUUGAUUGUAGAGAGAGCAUUUAGGUGUUAUACCCGGUUUUUGGCGCGAUGGAUGGGGGUGUGUUUUUGGCCUACCUGAUAACAUAACGAGAGGGGGUGAUAAUGAGAUUGGUACUAUAUUAAUGUAUAUAGAAUUACUUUUUAAGUGAAUUAUGAUUUAUUUACGU